ACCCUGUGCUCUGACCCUUCCCUGCUAGGGCCCGGCUGAUGCAGAGCUUCAAGGAGUCACACUCGCAUGAGUCCUUGCUGAGCCCUAGCAGUGCGGCCGAAGCCUUGGAGCUCAACUUGGAUGAAGAUUCCAUUAUCAAGCCAGUGCAUAGCUCCAUCCUGGGCCAGGAGUUCUGUUUUGAGGUAACAACGUCUUCAGGAACAAAAUGUUUUGCCUGUCGUUCCGCGGCCGAACGGGACAAAUGGAUCGAGAACCUACAGCGGGCAGUAAAACCCAACAAGGACAACAGCCGCCGGGUGGACAACGUGUUGAAGCUGUGGAUCAUAGAGGCUCGGGAGCUGCCCCCCAAGAAGCGGUACUACUGCGAGCUCUGCCUGGACGACAUGCUGUACGCGCGCACCACCUCCAAGCCCCGCUCGGCCUCAGGGGACACCGUCUUCUGGGGCGAGCACUUCGAGUUUAACAACCUGCCGGCUGUCCGCGCCCUGCGGCUACAUCUGUACCGUGACUCAGACAAAAAGCGCAAGAAGGACAAGGCGGGCUAUGUUGGCCUGGUGACUGUGCCCGUGGCCACCCUCGCUGGGCGCCACUUCACAGAGCAGUGGUACCCCGUCACCCUGCCGACGGGCAGCGGGGGCUCCGGGGGGAUGGGGGGCUCAGGAGGAGGCGGGGGCUCGGGGAGUGGCUCAGGGGGCAAGGGCAAAGGAGGCUGCCCGGCUGUGCGGCUGAAAGCGCGUUACCAGACGAUGAGUAUCCUGCCCAUGGAGCUGUAUAAGGAGUUUGCAGAGUAUGUCACCAACCACUAUCGGAUGCUGUGUGCAGUACUGGAGCCCGCCCUGAAUGUCAAGGGCAAGGAGGAGGUGGCCAGUGCACUGGUUCACAUUCUGCAGAGUACGGGCAAGGCCAAGGACUUCCUUUCAGACAUGGCCAUGUCUGAGGUGGACCGGUUCAUGGAACGGGAGCACCUCAUAUUCCGCGAGAACACGCUCGCCACUAAAGCCAUAGAAGAGUACAUGAGACUGAUUGGUCAGAAAUACCUCAAGGAUGCCAUUGGGGAAUUCAUCCGUGCUCUGUAUGAGUCUGAGGAGAAUUGCGAGGUGGACCCCAUCAAGUGCACGGCGUCCAGCCUGGCAGAGCACCAGGCCAACCUGCGGAUGUGCUGUGAGUUGGCCCUGUGCAAGGUGGUCAACUCCCACUGCGUGUUCCCGAGGGAGCUGAAGGAGGUGUUUGCAUCCUGGCGACUGCGCUGCGCAGAGCGGGGCCGGGAGGACAUCGCUGACAGGCUGAUCAGCGCCUCGCUCUUCUUGCGCUUCCUCUGUCCAGCCAUCAUGUCGCCCAGUCUCUUUGGGCUCAUGCAGGAGUACCCAGAUGAGCAGACCUCACGAACCCUAACCCUCAUCGCCAAGGUCAUCCAAAACCUGGCCAACUUUUCCAAGUUUACCUCAAAGGAGGACUUUCUGGGAUUCAUGAAUGAGUUUCUGGAGCUGGAGUGGGGUUCCAUGCAGCAGUUCCUGUAUGAGAUCUCCAACCUGGACACACUGACCAACAGUAGUAGCUUUGAGGGUUACAUCGACUUGGGCCGAGAGCUCUCCACACUCCAUGCCCUGCUCUGGGAGGUGCUGCCCCAGCUCAGUAAGGAAGCCCUCCUGAAGCUGGGCCCACUGCCCCGGCUCCUCAACGACAUUAGCACCGCUCUGAGGAACCCCAACAUCCAAAGGCAGCCAAGCCGUCAGAGUGAGCGGCCCCGGCCUCAGCCUGUGGUGCUGCGGGGCCCAUCGGCUGAGAUGCAGGGCUACAUGAUGCGGGACCUCAACAGCUCCAUCGACCUUCAGUCCUUCAUGGCUCGAGGCCUCAACAGCUCUAUGGACAUGGCUCGCCUCCCUUCCCCAACCAAGGAAAAGCCACCCCCACCACCCCCUGGUGGGGGUAAAGACCUGUUCUAUGUAAGCCGUCCACCCCUGGCCCGUUCCUCGCCAGCAUACUGCACGAGCAGCUCGGACAUCACAGAGCCAGAGCAGAAGAUGCUGAGUGUCAACAAGAGUGUCUCCAUGCUGGAUUUGCAGGGCGACGGGCCCGGUGGCCGCCUCAACAGCAGCAGCGUGUCCAACCUGGCGGCUGUUGGGGACCUGCUGCACUCGAGCCAGGCUUCCCUGACCGCAGCCUUGGGGCUGCGGCCUGCGCCCGCUGGACGCCUCUCCCAGGGGAGUGGCUCGUCCAUUACAGCGGCUGGCAUGCGCCUCAGCCAGAUGGGUGUCACCACGGACGGUGUCCCUGCCCAGCAACUGCGCAUCCCCCUCUCCUUCCAGAACCCUCUCUUCCACAUGGCUGCUGAUGGGCCAGGUCCCCCAGGGGGCCAUGGAGGGGGUGGUGGUCACGGCCCACCUUCCUCCCAUCACCACCAUCACCACCAUCACCACCACCGAGGUGGAGAGCCCCCAGGGGACACCUUUGCCCCGUUCCAUGGCUAUAGCAAGAGCGAGGACCUCUCCUCAGGGGUCCCCAAGCCCCCUGCCGCUUCCAUCCUUCACAGCCACAGCUACAGUGAUGAGUUUGGACCCUCUGGCACUGACUUCACCCGUCGGCAGCUCUCACUCCAGGACAACCUGCAGCACAUGCUGUCCCCUCCCCAGAUCACCAUUGGUCCCCAGAGGCCUGCCCCCUCAGGGCCCGGAGGUGGGAGCGGCGGUGGGGGCAGUGGCGGGGGUGGUGGGGGUCAACCGCCUCCAUUGCAGAGGGGCAAGUCUCAGCAGUUGACGGUCAGCGCUGCCCAGAAACCCCGGCCAUCCAGUGGGAAUCUGUUGCAGUCACCGGAGCCGAGUUAUGGCCCUGCCCGUCCACGGCAACAGAGCCUCAGCAAAGAGGGCAGCAUUGGGGGCAGCGGGGGCAGCGGUGGCGGAGGGGGUGCGGGGCUCAAGCCCUCCAUCACCAAGCAGCAUUCUCAGGCGCCAUCCACGCUGAACCCCACCAUGCCAGCCUCCGAGCGGACGGUGGCCUGGGUCUCCAACAUGCCUCACCUGUCAGCUGACAUCGAGAGUGCCCACAUCGAGCGAGAAGAGUACAAGCUCAAGGAGUACUCUAAGUCGAUGGAUGAGAGCCGACUGGACAGGGUGAAGGAGUAUGAGGAGGAGAUCCACUCACUGAAGGAGCGGCUGCACAUGUCCAACCGGAAGCUAGAGGAGUAUGAGCGGAGGCUGCUGUCCCAGGAAGAGCAGACCAGCAAAAUCUUGAUGCAGUAUCAGGCCCGACUGGAGCAGAGCGAGAAGAGGCUAAGGCAGCAACAGGUGGAGAAGGAUUCGCAGAUCAAGAGCAUCAUUGGCAGCCCGUCCCUUCAGGCUGAUGCUGGUGGAGGAGGAGCUGCGCCGGGACCACCCCGCCAUGCCUGAGCCGCUGCCCGAACCCAAGAAGAGGCUGCUCGACGCUCAGCUCCUCAUCAGGUAAUUCUCCUGGUUCCGCUUUGACCACGGGCGGAGGACACAGGGGGAGGUGACUCCGGACCACUGCAGGUUGGUCGUGAAGCCCACUCCCCUCUGACUCUCUGGAGCCUCUCCCCACCCCCUCCCUCACUGCUGCCCUCCACACCCGAGAACUUCCACGGACCCUACCCUCCUGACAUCUCCUGCGCAGACCCAUCUGACCAAAGAGAGCACUUCCUGCUGCUCCCAGAACUGUUCAGUGACACCCUGCCAAUACCAAGCAUUUUACCCUGGACAGGUCCAGCACAUCCCCACAUCUCCUUCGACAGAACCCACCGCCCAGCCUCCUCUCAGUCCUCUUCCUCUGCCUCUCCAGUGUAUGUCUGUCACCCCCCAUUUCACCAGAGCGUCCUUGGGAGUUGGGACGUUGAGGGUGGGUUUUGUUAAGGGGUGGCAGUGAUGAUGGGUUAGGGGACCCUGGCUAGAGGGGCUGUGCUGACUGCAGCAGGUAGGUGGGGGUUUCCUCUUCCUUCCCUAACCUCAGUUCUCCACCCCUCCUUCCACCCCUCACCUGUUCCUCUCUCUUCCUCCCUUCCAUCUACGAGGUAGAAGGCAUCUGCAGCUCCUGUUGGGCCCCACUGGGUGGGAAUUAGGAAUGGGUAAGCUAACUCAGGAGGACUUUGGGAAGGGGCACUGGAAAGAAUGCCGCUCAGGAUGUCAGGACACUAGGCAGGGUGAGUGGAACAAGAAGGAACAAAAAAGGAGCCUUGACAGAUGUUAGGACACAGACUGGCCCAUGUGGCGUGGGAGUUGGAAAUGGGGUGAGCCGUCUUCCUAGAUAAGAUCAUGGGCUCAGUAGCCAUGUGGAUUCCCAGGCAGAGAUGCCAGGAACAGCAUGUUAAAUAAUCUCUCUUCUUGUCAGAGCUCACUCCCCGUCUCCCGCCACCCAGUGGCCUUGCCGGACGCACAGUCCUACCUAAAAACCAGUAAAUGGGAACCUGUCAGCCACUGACAUCAUUUCUGAGGUGCUUUUCUGUGGGAUUGAGCUGCAGUGGGCAGUGGCUCCUCACACUGUAAUUUUAACUCUGCCUGCCCAGCCUCUGUGUCAAAGUAGUUAGUGAUCUGUAAACAGAUGCUAAAAGGCACCAGGGGACCUCACCAUUUAAAGGACUCCUGCAGUGAAUUCUUUUGUAAAAUGAAUAAUGGCACCCUCAUUUAUCUACUUUCUAAAUUUGGGUCCAUGGGGGUGUUGGGGGCAUGCCUAUGUUCUGUCGCCAGCAGACAAGCAGAGAGGAGGGAAUCUGAGGUCCCCUUCCCUGCUCUCCUGCCACAUUCAGGAUCCCCCACCAUACGUAAUUUCCUCUCUCGCUGACUUGGGGAAAGUGUGUGAGAUGCUCAGCAGGCUAAGGGGGAGGCUUGGCUUAAGGCUGGGGUUUUCGUGACCUUCUCAGAGCUGAGCUCUUUGGGAAGGGAGAGCUGAUCCAGGAGCCUCGACUUGGAAUGUUUUUGUAUCCUACAGAGAUAUGGUUACAUGUAAUGGGCCUCAAUGCCCCUUGGCCUGGGAAAUAAUUAGGACACUUUCUAAAUCACUUUUAGGUAUUGGCCCCUCUGCAAUGCAGCCAUUGGCUUAGAAAUUAAUUUUGUGCCUGUAUUUUAAAAAACCAAGUGAGCGACCGGAAGUGUAAUAUAGGUGGCUUUCUUCUCUCCUAGCAGAGGAACAGAAGCCAGAGCCGAGGGCAGGAGGCAGGAGGCAGGAGCUAGCUGGUCCAGGGGUGGGAGUAGGGUCUGGUAGACCUCUCCCCAUGACUGGGAUCCCAGGGAGAGGGGUUGAAAGGAACAUGGGGGUGGAAAGGAAUGAAGCAGUUUUGCUUCCUGGGGACACAGGGAUCGGGGCAUGCUGUGCCUCUGCAGACACUCCUAGUCAUUUCUGCCUUUAGCACAAGAGAGAGGCAGCCCUCCCACAAUGUUUUUACCGUCCCCCAUCACUUCCCUGAAUCCUUUGUCCUUCCACCCCCCAGUACAGUUAAACCUCUCUAAUUUGGAAUGUUAUAUUCAAUAAGAUGACCACUCUGAACAAGUGACAAAACUGAAUGGCAGUGUCUAUUUAAUGAAAUGCAUGUCUUCAAAAUACAUACAGUAAGUAGGACUCGAAGAACAAGGCUUUUCCACUCGAGGCCCUCAGGGAGCAUGUGUUAAUGAAUAGAGAGGAUUCAAAAGUCUGUUGGCUGGUACCCUCCUACAGACGCAUUUCCACUAUUAAUUUGCUUAGCACACCCUUUCUUCAGAGCUAAAGGAAAACUCAAGCCCAGUUUUUGUUCAAAUUAUGAAAAAAGUCCAAAUCCAUGGGAGUUUGGAUUAAUGAGGUUUUGCUGUACUGCCUCCCCUUGUUCGCUCAACACAAAGUUCCUACCUCGGACUGGGGGUGGGCUGGGAGGGGGUUCCAAGAAAGGAGGAGGGAGGCUGGGUAGGGGAAGAUACAAGGGGUUAGGUUGGGGGUGAGAUAGGAACUUGUUUCUUCUGAACUGGUUUCCUGGUAUGACUCCCUGGGUUGAAGGCCCGUUAGGAGUCAGGGGGUGAGAUUCUCUUCUCCCUGAUCCCAGAAGAUGUAACUUCU